AUGCUGAAUUUAGUAGAAAUUGAUGGAUUCAUCACUGGAGAUGGUCCUUCGCUUUUGUCCAUGGUGUACUUCAUUUCGGUGUUGAUUGCUGAUGGUGGUGGUGGUGGUAAUGGUGGUGAUGUUGACGAUGUUGAAGUGGUUUUCUUAGAAUUUUUUGAAUUUAUUUUGACGGUUUUUCCUUCGCCAAUGCUCGAUGGGUUGGAAAUUCUGAGAGUCGACCGUUCAGCGACACUGAUAAAAAGAUCAAUGAAGCAAGACUAUAAUGAGAUUAGAUUCAAUCUGAAUUGA